AUGCCAAAGAAACCUAUUGAUAUAAAUAAACCUCGUGGUCCAAUAACAGCUUAUGCAUUAUUUGUUCGGACAUGUCGUGAUGAAUUACGUCGAAAAUAUCCUCAUUUAACUGUUGAUUAUAAUGUUAUUGCUAAAAAAUGUUCCGAUCGUUGGAAAUCUAUGAAUGAUAAUGAAAAAAAACGUUUUAAUGAUAUUGUUGAUUUACAACGUAAACGUUAUAAAGAAGAACUUGCUGUUUAUCAACAAGAACAAUUAAUUAAACAACAACAAAACCAACAACAACAAGAAUUACAAACAUCAUCAAUAUUACAUCAAACAUCAUCAACACAAUAUUUUAUUGAACCAAUACAACAACAUACAAUUGUUAAUAUACAAAAAAAAUCAAUAAAAAAACGUGAACGAAAACCAAAAGAUCCACAUGCACCAAAAAAACCUUUAUCGGCUUAUUUUCUUUUUUGUGCUGAUGAACGACCAAAAGUUAUAAGUUUACAAACAGGUAUGUCAGUUAGUGACGUUGCACGAGAACUUGGUAUUCGAUGGAAACAAACACCUGCUGAAUUAAAAAUAAAAUAUGAAAAAGUUGCAACUGAAAAAAGACAUGUUUAUCAAACUGAACUAGCACUUUAUAAACAUCAAUCAUCAACGAAUAUGUCAUCACCUGAAACUCCUUCAACACCAUCGACAUCUCAUGAUAAUCAUUUAACAUCAUCUACAAUACCUAUUCAACAAUCUUCAAAAAUACAAUUUGAUAAUAAUGAUAUAAAUGAAAAUCAAAUUACUUUUAAUACAAUAAAAAAUGAAAAUAAUGUCUAA